AGGCCGAACCUCGCAUUUCGUUUCGGUUCCUGUCCACAAAAACCGCAAACAUGGCGUACAAUCUGUCUGUUAAAGUUCACCCCGUAGUGUUAUUUCAAAUUGUCGACGCCUACGAAAGGAGAAAUGCAGACGCGCACCGAGUCAUCGGAACGCUGUUAGGAUCUGUUGAGAAAGGUGUAGUUGAAGUAACUAAUUGCUUCUGUGUACCUCACAAGGAGUAUGAUGAUAUGGUGGAAGCAGAAAUUAUGUACGCGAAAGAAAUGUUUGAUUUCAUCAAGCGUGUCAACCCUCAAGAAAAUAUUGUUGGAUGGUGGGCUACGGGUCAAGAGGUGACUUCUCAUUCUUCAGCGAUCCAUGAUUUCUACUCUCGAGAAUGCGCCAACCCAAUCCAUUUAACUUUGGACACUACUCUUCAAGGAGAAAGAAUGGGUGUCAAAGCAUAUCUGAAUGUACCUAUUGGUGUACCUGGAGGCAAGGGAGGCUGCAUGUUCACACCCAUUUCUGUGGAUGUCACCUGCUAUGAGCCGGAAGUGGUGGGAAUUCAGCUGGCCAGCAAAACUGCUAUGGUGGCGCACAAAGACACUGUGGAGCCCAUGAUGGAUCUGGCAAGAAUUGCAGAAGCCACCAAUAAAUUAUCAGGCCUUCUGGACACUGUUUUGGCAUAUGUUGAGGAUGUUCUAGCCGGUAAAACUGUCCCAGACAAUUCUGUCGGACGUGCUCUAACAGACAUGAUAAACUCUGUUCCCAAAAUGACCUCUGAGGAGUUUGACAAGAUGUUCAACUCCAACAUCAAGGACCUCCUCAUGGUGAUGACAUUGGCUCAGCUCGUCAAAACUCAACUUCAACUGAAUGAGAAACUUACUCUGCUUACAUCUGUGUAAUUUACAUAAUUUACAUAAAUAUAUUUAUCAUGUGCUUCAAUAAACACUCCACAUACCAUAA